AUGGGCAAGAAGGACAAGUCUGUCAAGCCCGUCGAGGCUGUUGCCCCUGCCGGCAAGGCCGACGCCAAGGCCGCCAAGAAGGCCUCGAAGAAGGCCGCCAAGAAGGAGCCCACCCCUCCCCCCGUCGAGAGCAGCAGCAGCAGCAGCGAAGACGACAGCAGCGACGACUCCGACUCGGACGACAGCAGCGACGACGAGGAGGAGAAGCCCGCCGCCGCCGCCGCCGCCGCCGCCGCCAAGAAGGACGAGUCUUCUGACUCUUCUGACUCGGACUCGUCCGACUCGUCUGACGACGAGGACGACGAGGAGGAGGUCAAGAAGGAGGUCGCCCCCGUCGCCAACGGCACCAAGGCCGACUCGACUGAGUCGUCCGACUCGGACUCUGACUCUGACUCGGACUCGGACUCGAGCAGCACCUCUGGCACCGACGACUCCGACGACGACGAGGAGGACAAGGCGGCCGACAGCAAGAAGCGCAAGGCGGACGACGAGGCGCCCGCCGCCAAGAAGGCAAAGACCGAGGAGGCGGCCGGCGACGAGAACGAGACGUGCUCGAUCUGGGUCGGCCAGCUCAGCUGGAACGUCGACAACGAGUGGCUCAAGAGCGAGUUUGAGGCGUACGGCGAGGUGACCAACGCGCGCGUCCAGCUCGACCGGGACAGCGGCAAGAGCCGCGGCUUUGGCUACGUCGACUUCGCCACGCCCGCCGCCGCCAAGAAGGCGUUCGAGGAGGCGCAGGGCAAGGAGGUCGACGGCCGCAACAUCAAGGUCGACCUGAGCCAGCCCAAGCCCGCCGCCGACCGCCAGCAGGACCGCCAGAAGAAGUUCAACGACGAGCGGAGCGCGCCGUCGUCGACGCUCUUUGUGGGCAACCUGGCGUUCUCGGUGUCCGAGGACGACGUGUGGAACACUUUCGCCGAGUACGGCGAGGUCUCCGGCGUGCGCCUGCCCAAGGACCCGGAGAGCAACCGGCCCAAGGGCUUUGGCUACGUCGAGUUCUCGACGCAGGAGAGCGCCCAGAAGGCCAUCGAGGCCCUCACUGGCUUUGAGCUGUCGGGCCGCCCGCUGCGCCUCGACUUUUCGCAGCCGCGGAGCAACGAUGGCGGCCGUGGCGGUGGACGCGGCGGUGCGCGCGGCGGCCGCGGUGGCUUUGACCGCGGUGGCCGUGGCGGCGGACGCGGUGGCUUCGGCGGCCGUGGUGGCGGCCGCGGCGGCGGAGACGGAAGCUUCCGCGGUACCCCUCGUGGCGGCGGAUGGGGUGCGCGCGGCGGCGGCCGUGGUGGCGCACGAACCGGCGCUGCCCAGGAGCCCGCCGGCAAGAAGAUCUCGUUGACUAGAGAGGGGCGCCACGCCUCCUUGCGUUGA